CCCACAUGUCAUUGGAGUAGUCUCAGCUGUUCAGGGAUUGAGAUAUUUGCAGAGAGUUUGUCAAUGGGAGACGUGUCCGACUGAUACCUCCACAAAUACCAGAAUGGCCCUUAUGGGAGUACAGCUGGUUGUCAGCUUGCUGGCUGCCAGCAUAAUGCAGAGGAUGGCCCCACACUGCUCCUUUGCACGCUGGCUGCUGUGCAAUGGCAGUCUCUUCCGCUUCAAGCACCCGUCUGAAGUAGAGCUUUGUGCCUUGGCUGGGAAGCAGGUGACCAAACCCAACAAGAAAGACAGAAGACAAAAUGGCAACAGAGAAAACAAGCCUCUCACAGUGCCGAAGGAUAUAGAUCUCCAUCUGGACAGCACUCCCAUCAGUGUCCUUGAUGCAUUGGUUCUGAGGUUCUUCGUUGAGUACCAGUGGCUUAUUGAUUUUGCCGUCUAUGCAACUGGAAUUUUUCUUUUCACCGAGGCCUACUACAGUGUGGUUGACGCCAGCAAAGAGGUCAACAUUGGUGCCAUCUGGUGUGUUUUGACAGUAUUUUUCUGCCUGAGGACUCUUCACAUUCUAAUGAGCCACUACUUCAGCGCCGACGCGGACGGAGAGAGCUCCGUGUGUUUGGCCUUUGGCUUCCUGUCCCUGCUGGUAGCCAUGUUGGUGCUGGUCGUGAGGGAAGACUACUUGGAGUUCGGCCUGGAACCUGGUUUUAACAGUCUUUUUGACAAUCUGGAAGUUUUUGCUAAACAGCAAGGCUAUGCAGAGUGGUCAGUGCCUGUUACCAAGUUGUCUGUGAAGCUGGGCUUGGCUGCUAUUUGUGCGUUCAUUGGUGCCCUGCUGGCUUUUCCUGGACUUCGUCUGGCCCAGACCCAUCUAGAUGCCUUGCAGAUGAAUUCUGACCGUCCUUUUGUAAAAGCCCUCCUCCACCUCAGCUUCCUCUCCCCUCUGCUGGUGAUUGUGUUGUGGGUGAAACCAAUUGCCAGGGACUUCUUGGCCAACGCUCCAAUGGGAAAGGCAACAGUAACAUUGAUCCCCAGCUCCAUGUUUAAUUCGGUGCGCCUGUGGACAGUGGUGGCACUGUGUGUGCUGCGCCUGCUGGUCACGCGCUACCACCUGCAGGCUUACCUCAACCUGGCCCAGAAGUGGGUGGAGCAGAUGAAGAGGGAGGCUGGUCGUAUAGCUGCCAUUGACAUCCAGAGGAAGGUUACCCGCAUAUUCUGCUACUUGACUGUGGUGACGCUACAGUACCUGAUCCCUAUUCUGCUGAUACUCUUCUCAACCCUUGCAUUGAAGACUCUGGGUGACUUCUCGUGGUGUUUUGCCGAGGAGACCCCAGGCGUGACUCCGGCCCUGGUCCUCCCCACCUCGCCGCCGCCCGUCCCGCUGGAGGACGACGAGGAAGCCGAGGACAUGGAGGAGGAGGUCCAGGCCACCGUGGCCCACCUGGCCGCUGCCUUCCACGGCCUGCGUGCCGUCCUCACGCCGCUCUUCUUCCGCGGCUUCUUCGCCUUCCUCACCUGGUGGGUGGCAGCGUGCCAGGUCAUCAGCAGCCUCUUUGGCAUCUACUUCCACCAGUACCUGAUGCACAACUGAUGGGGGAUAUCCGUCCUCACUGUCCCCCCUCUUAUUGCACUGAGUUCAGAUUACCCCCCCCCCCCACACACACACACACACACACACACACACACAUACACACAUACACACACACACACGUAGAUUUUGCUUACAGUCCGAUUCACAGCUUGCAACAUAUGAAGGGGUUGAGGUGGUGGUGUACCCCAAGCAGCAAGAGUGAAAUGACCUUGAAGUGGUGCGUCAAAGUCAAAUCUAGAAUGGCAUGCUGACUAAUGGGGGGGUGUAGUCAGGCCAUUGGCAAGACUGGACCUGAUCAGAGUCUAUAUCUCUACCAUUUUAGCAUGACUUCAAUGCCAGAAUGUCAUCUUUGCUCAUCCAUGAAACAAAUAACAGUGAUGGCUAUUUUAUGACCGUCAGUAGCUAAAUCAAUAGCUUAACAAAGGCAGUCCUGUUCUUGCCUACAAUCAAAAUCAUUCAGAUUUACAUCUGAAUACCAAUACUUAUUUUGACAUACUUUAAUAUCACUUAACUGUCUUUAUAUAUGUCGGGUACCUCUAAAUAGUUUUUAUUUCCCAUAGGUCUUCAACUGUACGUCCAAAGCAUUAGUCGACCAUUCACAUGCUCAAUAGGGAACUACAGUAUUCACUGAAUACGCUGCUAUUCAGAUCAAAUUUAAGUGCCUGGAAACUCAGGGAUUUUGAAGUCAGUGAUAGGAUUUCAUUUUCCAGCACACUCGACCGUGAUGAGUUAAGCUGUACACUGCUGUGGCACAGUGUCACAAAAGACAUGCAGCCAGCCACGUUUGUCACCGAGAGGGCUCAGAGAGGUUUGGGGUCUCUGUCCAGUUUCAUUUGAUGCCAAGCACUGUAAACGUGCAAGAAAGAUGAAUUUCACGUGAAGCUUUCAUGUCCUGUAGGCCUACAGUACCAUAACGAGUUUAAAAGUAAUCAUUUGUAUUUAUUUAUUUAUUACCGAGUGCCACAUAUAGCUUAACCCUCAUCUGUAAUUUCCAGCGGUACUGUCUCAAUUUAAUUUGGUGUUCUGAGCAAGGUUUCAUUUGUUUUUUGAUUUAAGACUGAGGAAAAAAAGAGCUGUGAGUUGUGCGUCUGUGGGUGGUUUUUAGAAAAUCUGCUUUUUUCUUGACUGAAGAGAUUGUUUUUUGAAUGCUCCAUGAUGAGUCAUGUAUUUGGUACAUUUUAACGUUGGUUGAGUUUUAAUAAAAUGCAAAGGUUGAUUUUGAA